UUUAUUAGCAAAGCAGCAAACAGUUGGUUUGCGCAUGUGCAACAGAUGUUACUGCCCUCUCUCCUCCUCAGUGGUGCAGUGUGUACUUUAAACCACGCUGUUCAAACUUUCGCCAGCGUUAAAACUGAGUGAACGUACCUGACCCUACUCAGACAGAGGAAAAUAACCACUGGCCGGUUGCUGCUUGAUUCUUUUUACACUUCUGUUCUCACUAGAAAAACAGCAAAUGGGCCAGUCAUUGUCUCCAGAGGAGCGACUAGUGGAACUUGACAAGUACCCCGAGGCACUGUUUACUUCAAAACAAUGGCACAGUAUUGGAAUUGACAGCUCCCUGCUAAGUUACUCUGGACUCAACUCAACCGAAGUGCUGGAUGGUUACAGAGACCAGGUCUUAGGAUUCAGCGAGGCUGCAGCCACUGUAGAGAAGCUGGGCUCCGCGCUGGGGGGGCUCACCUUGGUGCCUAACGCUGUGGGACUGGGGGCUCUUGUCAUUUCCAUUAUCUUAGAGACAGUUGGUAAUGCCUUAGGGAAACAAACCAUGGGCACAGCUGAAAUGCUGCAGAGGGUGUUUGCGCAGGAGAAGGCCAACGAGGUCCGAGACCUGAUGGAGGAGUAUUUGAAACGUCUGCAGAUCAACUUGGGGAGGCCACAGCUCCAACUAGCUGAGACCCGGCAAAUAGAGGUCGAUCUUAGCGCCCAGCUUACACGGCUGAAGAAUUCCUUGCUGACGGAUGGCCAUAUGAACUCUCGGUUACUCAAGCAGUGGGUGAACGGAGCUGCCUUCCACACCCAGAUGCUGAUCCAUCAGGCUCGUCUAGAGGGGGCAGGCGGGUCCAGAGCCAUGCAAGCCGCGGGGGUUUAUCAGCAACAGCUCAACCGCCUUCUGGAGAACUACAAGAGCUACCUAAAAUCUGUGAUACUUGUGUUUACAGAACAUGAUAUGAUCUCGGUGUAUUGUUGUCUGUACUACAAAGAGAACCAGAUUUUUGACCUGCCACUUAAAUGUUUCCGUCUGCUGGAACAGUACUGUUUCAGUGGAAGUGAAGUAGUUGAGACUAUGUUUUCAAAACACCAGAUUACUUGGGCAAAUAGUUAUUUCUCAGACUUGGCAGCAAAGAUUCCAACUCUUGUGAGACAAAAUGGCACCUUUCGCAUCCAAAUCUGACAUCCAUACUUGUGAAGCCUUAAGUCCAUCAGAAAAGAAGCCUUGUGGUGAUUCACAGGAAAAGGCUCACACUAAGUCUGAAGUUCCAGUAAAGUAUGAAAGACUGAA